AUGCUCGGACACAUGAAGGACGCGAUGAUGGAGCCGGACGUCAUCAGCUUCAAUGUGGGGAUCAGUGCAUGUGAGAAGGGCAGGCAGUGGCAGCAGGCGCUGUCGUUGAUGAGCCGACUGGCGGAAUGGCAAGUGCACCCAAACAUCAUCUACACUACUCCGAUCAGCUAUAAUGCCGCGAUUAGCGCGUGCGAGAAGUGUGGGCAGUGGCAGGUGGCAUUGCUCUUGUUCGGCGAGAUCCGAGAGUCGCAUUUUGAGCCUGACGUCAUCAGUUACAACGCUGGAGUCAGCGCGUGCGAAAAGGGCGGGCGCUGGCAGCAGGCGCUGCUUUUGCUGAGGGGAGCUCGGUUAUCCCAGAUAGAGCUUGAUACUACUAGCUAUAAUGCUGGGAUCAGCGCUUGUGAGAAAGGCAUGCGCUGGCAGCGAGCACUGUCGCUACUCUGCGACAUGGAAGGCAUAAAGUUAGACCGAGACGCCACCAGCUAUAACGCUGUCAUCAGGGCAUGCGACAAGAGUGGGCAGUGGCAGCAGGUGUUAUCACUCCUCAGCUGCAUGGGAGAAGCAAGGCAUGAACUAGACGCACUCAGCUGCAAAGCCGGGAUAAGCGCGUGCGAAGACGGCUCUCAAUGGCAGCACGCAUUGCUACUGAUGAGUGAUAUUGAGGGAUUGAAGAUCUGGCAUGCGGGCGAAAUGCGUAAGCAGUUGCUGUAG